GUGCGGAUGGAUAGGGGUUGGAUAAAGAUAACCUAACCCUUCGACCCUUUAUCCUAUUCUCUCUCCUCUGUCUGAUCCUCAUCCCUUUUUCUCUCUCCAAACCCCGUUCUCUCUCUCUCUCCAUGGACCUGUUCAUAGAUCCACCGGCGACCACCGCACCGCCGCCAGCACCACCACCUGUGGCGGCGGAACCACCGAUCUACAUAGCUCACGCCGCCAACCCCACUCCCACCUUCGCCUCCAUCAACCACAGCCACCCACCUUAUGCGGAGAUGAUAACGGCAGCUAUAACGGCGUUGAAGGAGAGGAAUGGGUCGAGUCGUCAGGCUAUAGCUAAAUACAUUGAGAAAAACUACUCGAGCCUGCCGUCGAACCACUCGGCCUUGUUGACUCACCACCUGAAGCGAUUGAAGAACAACGGUCACCUCCUGAUGGUCAAGCACUCUUACAAGCUCCCUAGAUCUGUUCCUACUCUUUCCGAUGGCGAUGGAGGAGGAAAUGGAAAUGGGAAUGGGCCCUCUUCUGCGCCGAAAAGAGGGCGUGGGCGUCCACCUAAGCCCAAGGUUGUUGGUCAGCUUCAGCCUCAUAAUAAUGUUGUGGUUGGGCCGGAUUCGGUGUUAGUUUCUUUGGGUCUUGCUGACCCUGUAGCUAGAAAGGGACCUGGUAGACCCCCAAAGGCGAAGAAGAAGAGAGGCCCAGGGAGGCCUCCGAGGCCCAAAUCUUUUCCUGUUUCCGUUGACGGGAGUGGGUUGGUAGGCGCCGAGUUGGGCGGGCCUGGGGUCGUUAAAAGGGGCCGUGGGAGGCCUCCGAAAACGAAAACGAUGAUGGGGCAGAGUGGGCCAAAGAUGAGGUCUGUUGGGCCAAGACCAAGAGGACGGCCGAAAAGGGAUGUUCCCAUGGGGAAGCCACCAGGCAGGCCGCGCGGCCGGCGGCCGAAGAAUGUGGUGGUUGGUGGUGAUGGGGGUGCACUUGGUGGUGUUGGGGGUGGACUGUUGCCAUCGAAGCAGCAGGGGAGGCCGCAUAGAGUUGGUGGGAUUAAGAAGCCAAGAAAGCUUACUGGAAGACCAUUGGGCCGGCCGAGGAAGAAUGCAUCAAUUCCUGGGAUUGCCAGUCAACAGUUGGUGGCAUAUGAAGAUCUCAAGGGCAAACUUGAAUUUUUCAAAUCUAGAAUCAAACAGGCAGUCAUUACGGUGAAACCACACUUAAACCCUGAAACAGCUUUGAGUGGAUUUGGAGCAUUGCAAGAGUUGGAAGAACUUGCGACAAUGGAUUUGAACGCGCCAUUAAAUGUUCAAGUCCAUAUUCAAGUGCAAGAACCACUUGUCCAACACUGACAACAAUUGAAGCAUAAGAUCAAAGAAAUGUGCUGGAAAUAAUUGAAGAUUACUUUUUCUAUUUGAAGGAGGAAACACUUGCAAGGAUCUUUGGGGGAACAUGAAGUCCGAUGAAGAACUAAAUGUGAUUGGUGAUGGAGAUGAGAAUGGAAUGUGGUGUUCUACAACUCUUCAAGGGGCCAUGAAUUUGUAUUUGCACAUUGUACUUUUAUUACGAUUGGAAAAUUUGAAUGCAUUUCACAUGGCAUGUUCUGCGUCUGUGGGAAUAUAGCCAUGGGCUUUUAGUUUCGCAACUAGUGGAAACUGUAGUUUUAGCAAAAAAAGCCUCAUUUGUCAUGAAUGAGUUUAAUUCCUAUGCUAAGCUUUCUUGAAAAGGGUCUGUAAGAAAGUAUUUGCUUUUUCUGUAUGUAUGCCUCCACUCUACCGGUGGAGGUAGUAGAAAUGUAAGUCUUCUCAUUAUGUAUUC